UAUUUAACGAGUAAAUUGCACCCAGCCUAAAAAUGCAACGGCAUAUCAUAUCAGGUAUAUUGCGAGAGAUUAUAGAUGGGCUUCCGAAGUUACUCCACGUGCGCGGUGAAGACGGGGGGACACCACUCCACUCUGCAGCGUCCGUCCGAAAACUGACGAGAAUGGGGCGGUGGAGCUCUGCCGCAUCGGUUGGUGCGGUGGAGCUCCUGCUGAGAAGAUGCCGUUAUCUCGCCCUUCAGGCGGACAAAUACGGCUCCUACCCGAUUCACGUCGCUGGCGAAGUAUGUGAGGUUGACAUAAUUCGCAGGAUAGUGAGAAUGUGGCCUGACCUGGCGGAGAUAAAGAACAAAAAGGGUCAGAAUAUUCUACACGUUGCUGCCAAGGGCGGGAACAACGACGCGGUCCAAUUCACACUCGAGGAAUGUGGCGACCAUGUCGUGGUCGAGAAGCUGGUGAAUUCGAAAGAUGCCGAUGGAAACACACCCCUCCAUUUGGCAUCGAUGCACAAUCAUUGCCAAGUUAUGCUCUAUCUGACGAGGGGUAUACGAAGUGACUUGACGCUUCUGAACAACGACAAGUUGACCGCCCUGGAUGUGGCCAUGAAAUCCGCAAGCUUUUCAACCAAAUAUCCAGCGUUACUAGGACGUGCAAUCUUGAUUACCACUGGUGUGCCGCAAAGUGGAGGCCGAGACGUUCGGUCGCUGAGAGAAAACGCUGAAUGGAUGAAGGACCAGGUCGACACCCGAUUGCUAGUGGCCACACUUGUGGCCACCGUCACGUUUGCUGCCGGCUUCACCUUGCCCGGUGGAUAUAAUGCAUCCGACGAUCCACGCCCAGGGACGGCGACCAUGCUGCAUCACAGAGUGUUUCAGGUUUUUGUAAUUUCCAACAUGUUAGCCAUGUAUAGCUCCAUCCUUGCGGUCGUAGUCCUCCUCUGGGGUCACAUGAGUGAUUUCUACAUAGCUGAACAAGCUUACCUCACAGCAGGGCCAUUGUUGUUGAUAGCUCUCACCGGCAUGUCAGUGGCAUUUUUGGCAGGCGUAACUAUAGCAGUGAGCAAACUUACAUGGCUCGCUCUCCUCCUCCUAUCCAUGGCAGUCUUUUUCCUCGCGACGCUCGUAAUGGUUUUAGGAGCCUUGAUAUUCCCAUUCUCCAAGACUGCUAUGUAUAUUGCGUCCCUUUACUAUUUGGUUGGAGCCCUACCGGGAUAUGUAGUGCGCCGUUUCAAAUAUAGGAACAUGCCUGGUUUGUUUAAGUCAUAUAUUUACUUGGCUGAUUAG